CGUGUGCGAUCAGGUGCGUUGAUCAAAGAUAUCAUCGAUCAUAUGGAUCAUAAGAUUCGGUGCAUGGAUUCGGCAUACGCCAAUAAAAACGAUUGCUCGUGGAUGAGUAAACUCAAAUAUUAUGCAUACUCCUCGCAUUGGGCAACAAUUGAUGCACUGUUAACGGCGCUGGAAACAAGAGACAAGAUUCUCCCAGUUUCUCUACCCGGUUUCACAGCUACAUUUGUGAUCGAGCUAUGGAAGACAGACGCUGGAGGAUUUUCCAUUAGAGCAAGAUAUCGCGAUAAUCCCGGCGAUAAGUUCAGGAGUGUCACAAGUUCUCUUCCAAACUGCAACGCAGAUUUCUGCCCAUACGAUGAAUUCAAGAAACCUGUGAAGAAAUAUUACGUAAAUGAUAUUGUUAAGUUGUGCAACGAUGUACCGGCUGACUGGAAGCCAACCCCCAAGAAGGCACCAGAAACGACAAAACCGGUUGCUGACGAAAACAGAACGAAUCCAAAAUUGCGAGUGAAACGUGACGUCGGGAAUGCUGGAAAGAAAACAGAAGCUCAGAAUGACGAACAACUCAUAUUCAUACAAGCUGUGAGCGAUUCAUGUUCAGAAUCACUAGUCCGUUGA